AUGGCCUACAACUUCGCUCCUGAUGUAUGGGGUUGGAUCACCAACCUGCCCCCAUUCUCCCAAUGGCGCACCAACACCAUGUGCCUUUGUAUUUGCACAACACCAUCGGCAUCGGCACCAUCACAGCCAUCCAUGAACAUCUCGGUUGCGAAAGCCCCUCCCACCCGCCAGCCUUCCUAUGUCACCUUCUCCAUCUUUGCAAACUACCAUGUGCCGAUUUCUCUGUGGACGUCAAAGCCAGUCCACCUGAAAACAAAGACACAACAAACUCUAGACGAACAAGAUAUGAUACAGGUGUUCGUUGACAUUGUCAACGCAGUACUGAGGUAUGGAGCAGACAAGAAAUUGUCCUUUCGGUUUCCUGGGGCACAGCCUCAUGGCAACUUCAAGGACGUGUUCAACAUAGUUUUCUUGUCCCUGGCCUUCCUGGUUUGCAUCUAUGAGGCUCCUCGCGAUCUCCGUCCUGGAUGCUUGGAUUCACUGAGAACCCAGCUUACUAGUUCAAAGUGCAGAGAUGCUGCAAAGAACCUUGUCAAAAUGCUCGGGGCAAACCUUGAGGACCAGUGGAUGCAGACAAUGAACCUUGCAGUGACUAACUGGAUUGUUGAGCUGCGAUCCUCAAACCACUCAUUUGGGGUGCCAUCACCACUGUUCUCAUAUGCUCUCUCAGCAAGCGGGCUCUGGAAGGUGCAGUUGUUCUGCCCAGUCAUAGCCAUGGGCAUGCAAGAACCUGCAGAAGCAACACAGGAUGAGCGCCUUCUCUUCUCACUCAUUUAUCAGCAACUUGAAUGUGUGAUUCAGCUAGCUUACAGAACAGUCAGAAAGGAUAACUGGAUUGAUGUUGAGGUGAAGGUGGACAAUAUAAGAUGUGAUGUGGACUCUCUGGUCUCUGAAACCCUCAUGGCAGAACGCGGAUAUGGCUCGGAGGAGAAGCACUUCCCAUCUCGUGUCAUGUUGCAGAUCACACCUAUGCAACAAUCUGAAGUAUUGUCUGUUUCAGUCGGCAAGUCCAAUGACAACCCCACACAUGAGUUCGGUAUUGAGAAGGGUUUUGAGGGUUCAUUUGAUCCCCCAAACUCAUUUGGUAUUAAGGCAUCGGUCACUGAAAGCGUUACACUGGCCAUGAAGCCUUGGAAAUUUGAACAGUCUGUGCAUGGCGACACUGCAACCUUGAACUGGUUUCUUCAUGAUGGUGUAAAUGGAAGGGAGGUUUAUUCUUCAAAGCCAUCCAAGCUUUCCCUGCUUCAGCCAAGGGCCUGGUUCCGUGACAGGUACUCGAAUGCAUACCGCCCGUUCACAAAGCAGGGGGGUGUCAUUUUUGCACGUGAUGAGUAUGGAGACAGUGUCUGGUGGAAGAUCUGUGGUGCAACAUUAGGAAAGACUAUGGACUGGGAGAUCCGAGGCUGGAUUUGGCUAACUUACUGGCCUAACAAGCAAAAGACCUUUCACAGUGAAACAAGGUGGCUUGAAUUCAGAGAAUGCCUGCAGCUUCCCCUUACAAAGUUUUCAUAACUUAACUGUACUCUGAAUGAUUGUAUAGCAGUGUGUGAUCUAAGUAUUGAGAAACCCAUGCAUGUAUGUGGCACAAAAAGUAAGAUUAUUCUAUUGUAAAUGAAUAUGACACCUUACACAGAGAUAACUUCUUGUUUGAGCAA